UGAGAACUCUAAAUCCACAAAAUACAACUUUAAACUUUGUUUCAUUUCCUCAGUCAGCAGAAGCUGAAAACCACAGAAUGGAGACUCUGAGAAAUCACAUUCUACCUGGCCUUGUUGUGACACUCAUAUUGUUAACCUCUUAUGUUACUGCUGAAACACACUACCAUCAAUUUGUGGUUCAAGCUAAAACAGUGCAGAGGUUGUGCAAAACCAGGAAUAUUAUAACAGUUAAUGGACAAUUUCCAGGGCCAACUCUGGAUGUCAGAAACGGAGAUACUCUUGUUAUCAAAGUCUUAAACAAUGCUCGUUACAAUAUCACCAUCCAUUGGCAUGGAAUUCGUCAGAUGAGAACGCCAUGGGCUGAUGGACCUGAGUUUGUGACACAAUGCCCGAUUCAACCAGGAGCAACUUACACAUAUAGGUACACAAUUGAAGAUCAAGAAGGUACAUUGUGGUGGCAUGCUCAUAGCAGAUGGCUAAGAGCUACUGUUUAUGGUGCGCUAAUCAUCCGCCCAAAGUUAGGCUCCCCAUAUCCUUUCCCACAGCCCAAGAUAGAAUUUCCUGUUGUUCUUGGGGAAUGGUGGAACAGCAAUAUUCUUGAUACGAUGAGACAAGCCGUUUUUACUGGUGCAGCCCCAAAUGUGUCAAAUGCAUACACUAUUAACGGUCAACCUGGUGAUCUAUAUGGAUGCUCACGUCAAGAUACUACAAGACUUUCAGUCAGCCCCGGGGAUACAAUUCUGCUCAGAGUCAUCAAUGCUGCACUCAAUCAGCAACUGUUUUUCACCGUGGCAAACCAUAGACUAACUGUGGUUGCAGCUGAUGCCGUCUACAGCAAGGCUUUUGCAACCAAUGUUAUCAUGGUUGGACCUGGACAGACUACUGAUGUUCUCCUCACUGCUGAUCAGAAUCCUGGGCGCUACUAUAUGGCUGCACGUGCUUAUGCAUCUCCGAAAAAUGCCCCAUUUGACAAUACAACCACAACUGCUAUCCUUGAGUACAAGUCUGCAUCUUGCACUGGUAGAAAUGGAGCUUGCUCAAGACCAAUUUUGCCACGAUUGCCCGCCUACAAUGACACCAAUACUGUAACUGCAUUCUCAACUCAACUGAAAAGCCCUUCAAAAGCUGAAGUCCCCUUAAAAAUAGAUGAAAAUUCAUUCUUCACAGUGGGAUUAGGAUUUGUCUUCUGCAACCCAGGGCCCAGAUGCCAAGGGCCUAACAAUACUCGAUUUGCUGCAAGUAUGAACAACGUGUCCUUCGUGCUUCCAAGAAGGACAUCCCUACUGCAAGCCUACUUCCAAAAAAUUCCAGGAAUUUACACCACUGACUUCCCCCCAAUUCCCCCAGUGAAAUUCGACUACACAGGCAAUGUGAGCCGUGCUCUGUGGCAGCCUUCUUUCGGAACAAAGCUUUACAAGCUCAAAUUUGGUUCCUCAGUGCAAAUAGUGUUGCAAGACACAUCAAUAUUUUCAACUGAGGACCACCCAAUCCAUCUACACGGCUAUCAUUUCUACGUCGUUGGACAAGGUUUUGGUAACUUCAAUCCAGGCACAGAUACCGCCAAUUUCAACCUCAAUGAUCCCCCACAGAGAAAUACUAUAGAUGUGCCUGUUGGUGGAUGGGCUGUUAUUCGGUUUGUGGCAGAUAAUCCUGGAGUGUGGCUGUUCCACUGUCACAUUGAUACACAUCUUACAUGGGGUUUAGGUAUGGCUUUCGAGGUUGAAAAUGGUGUCGGAGAGUUACAGACCAUGGAGCCACCUCCAGCAGAUCUUCCCCGUUGCUAAGACUUGAGAUUAUCCGAAAGCACAUUGGUGUUCAAAUACUAUCUGGAUUACAGAAUAAUAUUCGAGACAUCUGGGGUUUAUCUUUUGUUUCAUCAUUUGGCUUCAUAUCAGCUUCCAUAGUAUAAGGGAUCUGAGAUUCUUAAGUUAAAUAUCUGAUUUACAUUUUUUCUCACCUUUCAAUUUCAUGUAAUUCUUACCAAGAGUGUAAUGAAUACUAGUCAUAUAUACGAAGAGCUA